UUUUCGUAUUAUAUGAGAAGGAAAAAAAUAGGAGAAGAAAAAAACAGGGAGCGAAAUAAAAAAAAAAACAGAGCAGAAAGAGCUGACUGGUAUCAGGUGGAGGGCAACCAAAACGAGCGCCCUUUGGGUCUGGACUGUUUCUACUACACACUGGUUUUCAGGUUUUGUGGAGUGAACAGUUCUCUCCUGCAAAAUUUGGGGAUUUUACGGAUUUGGGUCUAUGGGCUUCUGCUCUGCUAGUUGGAAAUGGCCAUUUGAGGUUUCGUUUUGACUAUUCAACAUCUGCUGGGUUUAAGGUCACAGUGAGAGUGGGAGAGUUUGGCUACUCUGGUUUGUGGAACAGCUUUGUGAGGCUGUGUGUGGAAAAUUAUACUCAGGUUUCAGAUUUUUUGUCUAGUUAGUGCCAGCAAUGUCAAUGAACAAUAAUAACCCACCUAAGAAUCUUGGAGCGUCUUCGUCGCCCUUUAGAAAUUCCGGGAUGGUGGCCCCAUCUAUGUCUGCAAACCCUUCGUUUCCGCAAUCACAGGCUCAAGCACAACUUGGGGCUGGUUUUCAAGCACAAUUUCAGCUCUCCCAAGCCCAGGCGAUUGCGCAAGCUCAGUCGAAAGCUCAAGCACAUGCACAUGCGCAAGCACAGGCUCAAGCUCAAGCACAUCAUGCCCAGGCUCAGGCUCAGGCGGCUCACGCCCAAUUCCAGGCUCAGUUACAGGCUCAGGCGAUGUCCCUUAACCAGAACCAAGCAGGUUCCAUGGGGAAUUCACCCUCAUAUUCCACACCCGGAAGUGGAAGUGUGAAGCGCUUCCCUCAAAAACCUCCAGUGCGCCCUCCUGGUCUUUCUCCUCCAAACAUGAUCUCACCGAUUAGAACCAUGGACCUCUCAGCUGCUAAUCGUAAAAAGAAGCAGAAGCUUCCCGACAAACAGCUACAGGACAAAGUAGCCACCAUAUUGCCUGAAUCUGCUCUAUACACCCAGCUUCUUGAGUUUGAGGCUCGUGUUGAUGCUGCGCUUACAAGAAAGAAAGUUGACAUCCAAGAGGCUCUAAAAAGCCCCCCUUCCAUUCAGAAAACACUUCGCAUUUAUGUUUUUAACACUUUUGCCAAUCAGGUUCGCUCAAUUCCACAGAAGCCAAAUGCUGAGCCCCCUACUUGGACGCUUAAGAUAGUUGGAAGGAUCUUGGAAGAUGGGAUUGACCCCGAUCAGCCUGGAGUGGUCCAGAAAUCAAAUCCCUUUUACCCAAAGUUUUCAUCUUUCUUCAAGAGAGUGACCAUUUCUUUGGACCAGAGGCUAUAUCCUGAUAAUCAUAUCAUUAACUGGGAACAUGCAAGGUCACCUGCACCACAGGAGGGAUUUGAGGUAAAGAGAAAAGGGGACAAAGAAUUUACUGUGAAUAUACGCUUGGAAAUGAAUUAUGCACCUGAGAAGUUUAAGCUUUCACAACCUCUGAUGGAAGUUCUUGGUAUUGAGGUGGAAACUCGUCCAAGGAUAAUAGCUUCAAUCUGGCAUUAUGUGAAGGCUAGGAAAUUGCAGAACCCAAAUGACCCCUCUUUCUUUAACUGUGAUCCACCUCUUCAAAAAGUAUUCGGAGAGGAAAAGAUGAAAUUCACUAUGGUGUCCCAGAAGAUAUCUCAGCAUUUGUUUCCCCCACAACCUAUACAUUUGGAGCAUAAGAUGAGGCUUUCUGGGAAUAGUCCAGCUGGAACAGCAUGUUAUGAUGUGUUGGUAGAUGUACCUUUUCCAAUUCAAAGGGAAUUAUCUGCUCUAUUGGCCAAUUCGGAGAAAAACAAAGAAAUUGACGCCUGUGAUGAAGCGAUAUGUGGAGCUAUCAGAAAAAUCCACGAGCAUCGUCGCAGGCGAGCUUUUUUCCUUGGAUUUAGUCAAUCACCUGUUGAAUUCAUCAAUGCACUGAUUGAAUCUCAAAGCAAGGAUUUAAAGCUUGUAGCUGGAGUAGCAAGCCGUAGUGCUGAGAAAGAGCGCCGGUCAGAUUUCUUCCAUCAACCAUGGGUUGAAGAUGCUGUUAUCCGCUAUUUGAAUCGGAAGCCAGUUGCAGGAAGUGAUCAUCCUGGAAGCACAUGAGGUGACUGUUGAGCGUUCUUGUGCAUGUGGUGCAAUGCUUGGUAUUCUUUAGCAGCAGCUAGACUUUCCAGAAUAUGUAGGAGAUUAUACAAUUGGCUUUUCUUUGUAGGGUCGGGAGGAUGCUGCUGCACAUUAUAUAGCUUGUUUAACCAUCAAUUUUCCAUGUACUUGAUCUACUGCUGAUUACGCUUAAUGUGAUGUAAUUUAUGCUUUAGAAUAUUUGCUGCUUUAGAAUCCAUUUUACUUUCUUGUUAAAUUGACAUGUCUAAGUGUCUGGAAAUGACUAUCUGGAUGUGAAAUCAAAUUGGCAUUGGAGAGUAUUUGCUGCAAA